AUGCCUCGCAAUAAUAAGAAAGCCAAAAGCGCCCCUCCACCACGCGCCCGUGGACCAGGCAAACCAUCUGGCCCAUCUUCCAACCCUGCCAAGGGACAGCAGCAUGGUAAUGGGCAAAAGCAGGGUAAUGGCAAUGCAAAUGCGCCUAAGAAAGUUUCUUUACAAGCAAAUCAGAGACCUAUUGUGCCAUUUUUGAGGAAGGAUCGAAUUCUCUUGAUUGGUGAAGGUGACUUCUCAUUCGGCCGCUCACUGGCAAAGCAAUACAAGUGCCGCAAACUAUGCGCUACAUGCUACGACUCAAAAGAAGAGCUGUACAAAAAGUACCCGCAAGCUCCUCAGAACGUCUCAGAAAUUUUGGGCGCAUCAGCAAAGCCAGAACCAACAAGCAGCGACAACGAAACUAAGGGAGAAGAGAGCAAAUCUGAAGAUCAAGAUUCAGCCAAGCCCAACCCCAACCCCAAUCAGCAAACGCCCAAAGUCGUCUUCUCCGUUGAUGCCCGCAAACUAGGCUCUCCAGCGGGCGGCGGCAAGGAAAUUCGCACGGGCUUCGUACGCCGCGAGCGCAAGAGACCAGCCUGGUACCAGCAGAGCGAGCCAGCAGGACCACCGUACCAGCCCGGCGGGCCGUGGGAUGUAAUCUGCUUCAAUUUCCCUCACGUGGGCGGGCUCUCUACGGAUGUGAACCGACAGGUUCGUUCGAAUCAGGAGCUGUUGGUUGCGUUCUUCAAGGCGUGCAAACCGCUUGUUUCGAAGCCGCCGCCGCUUAUGGAUGCCGAGGAUGAUGAGUGGGUAUAUGCGGAUGGGGAGGAGAGCGAAGAGGAUGACGAUGAGGAUGAGGAAGUAGCAGAGGGCCAAGAACUGGGGAAAGAUGAUGAUACUACCGGGAAAGGGUUCAGGACUGGGCCUGGUCAGAUUCUUGUGACUCUGUUCGAGGGGGAGCCUUAUACGCUUUGGAAUAUCAAGGAUUUGGCGAGGCAUGCGGGACUGGUUGUUGUGACUAGUUUCAAGUUUCCUUGGACUUCUUAUGAGGGGUAUUCGCAUGCAAGAACGGCAGGACAUAUUGAAGGGAAGGAUGGGGAACGCGCAGGAUGGAGGGGAGAAGAUCGGGAGGCUCGGAUGUAUGUCUUUGAAGUGAAGCAGAAGGAGCCGGCCAAGAAGGGAGGGAAGAAGAGGAGCAGAGAUGAUGAUUCCAGUGAUAGCGAGUAG